CUCCUGCUACACCGACUACAGCCUUCAACGUUCAACUGCUGUAGCUUGUACUCAUUGCCGACGCCUGGGGCCAUUACAGCUAGUCGCAGUAUCCGCAACGUUCUGCACUUCAUCCUGUAUCGGUAGAAGCCGAUAUAACUUGCAUCAAAACACGUCUCGUGUUUCCGCCGCACCUGCAGCCCCCCCUACCACGGCAAACCUCUCUGCAAUAACCCGUCCUAGCGUGUCUAAUUCCAAGCAAUUAGUCGUCAAAGCGUUUUAUCUGUCUUGAACAAUGGAAGCAGCACCCGAUGCAAUUCCCUGGACGCCAGAUGACCACCCCGGCUCCUCCAAUGCCAUGCGUGCAGUCAAGGACAUUACUUUUGGCAGCAUCGCAGGAAUGGUCUCAAAAGUGUUUGAGCAUCCCUUUGACCUGACCAAGGUUCGCCUGCAAUCACAAGUUCUCGACACAUCAGCACGCUUCAACGGACCAGUUGACUGUCUUGUCAAGACGUGGAAGAAUGAAGGUAUCAGAGGGUUGUAUAGGGGCUUGCCCGCACCCGUAGUGGGAGCUAUGGCGGAGAACGCCUCGCUGUUCUUGGUGUAUAGCGAACUGCAAAACCUCAUACGCUGGGUUACUGCACGUCCAAUGUCGCAGGACCCGACUCUCGCACAACUCUCUCUGGCUGGAGCUGGCGCCGGUGCCUUCACCUCCUUCGUCCUCACCCCUAUAGAACUCAUCAAAUGCAAGAUGCAAGUCCAGAUGCUAGCACCCUCCACCUCUCCUGCCGGACCCGGCAGCGCUGCAGCCACGGCUACCCUCGGUGUCCCCACCCGGCGCGUCCUCCCGGGCCCAAUAUCCGUCUUCAUGUCGGUUCUCCGUCAAGAAGGCCUUCGGGGCCUCUGGCUCGGGCAGACCGGCACGCUCAUCCGCGAGACGGGCGGCUGUGCAAGUUGGUUCGCGUGCAAAGAGUACGUAGGCCUCAAGCUCAUCCAGCGGCGCGCCCGCAAGUCGUCUUCCCCCGUCGAGCUCGGCCGGAAAGACAUCUUGCCCUGGGAGUCGGCCGUCAGCGGCGCGUGUGCGGGCGCAGUGUUCAACCUGUCGCUCUUCCCCGCGGAUUCGGUGAAGAGCGCGAUGCAGACGGAAGAGGAGCUGCGGCCCCGCGCCCCUGGCGUGCCACGGCCGACGUUCUUGGGCACGGCGAAGGAUAUGUGGCGCGCGCAGGGCAUCCGUGGGCUGUAUGCGGGCUGUGGGAUCACUGUUGCGCGGUCCAUUCCAAGCAGCGCAGUCAUCUUCCUCAUUUACGAUGGGCUGAACAGACAAUUCCCGUAAAUGACAGAGAUCAGCUUGCUCACAUAGAAUGAUUGUAGACCGCCAUCACGUCUACUAUAGAUUACAGUUAACUUUAC